CAAAGUGGUGGAGGCCGAGUGGAUACUGGAUAUGGGUAGGGUUGCAGAUUAUUAUAUAUAUCUAUGUCUUCCCUAAUAACUAGAAUCCAACUGCAUACUCGGAAACAAAAACUUUGUCGAUAUCUUCGGUGCCCCGACCCUUUUGUCCCCACAUUUCCCCACUACGCCCAUCCCUUCUAUUUUUAACCACUCUUCAUCUUUUUCAAUAUUUUGCUCUCUAUCACAUACAUUCUUUUACCUUUAAAUGUUACUACUACCACUAUUCUCAAUAUGGCCGCCGAGUUCGUGGCGCUAUUAUCCCUAACUCAGUCUUCUCCGAAAUCAAACCAAUUUCAAACACAAUUCAUUAUCCGCCUGCGAAACAGUGAACCGCCACCCAUGUGGAGCAACAAGCAGACACCGCCCGGAGAUGAUUCAUGGGAAGUCCGGGCAUUCGAAGAAGACACAACCGGAAACCUAUUAGGUUGCACGUGGCCCCCACGCUCCUACAUGUGCACUUUUUGCCGGAGGGAGUUUCGCUCCGCGCAAGCUCUUGGCGGCCACAUGAAUGUGCACCGCCGGGAUCGAGCCAGGCUGCACGCGGAAUUGCCGAUGCCCCCGCUACCGCCUGUUUCGCCUUCUCCGGCAACCACCGGGCAAGAGUUUGUGGGAAAUGGAUUGUGCCUAGUCUACCCUUUACAUAACCCUAACAACAGUAUCAGUAUCAGUACCACCGUAUUGUUCCCUGCUCCACCCGUACCGGAUAAUUUCCGAUCUCCUCCCCUUCCGAUAUCCCAUUUCUUCAAGAGUGAACCCAAUUGUGAAACCGCACCACACAGUGUCGUUUCUUCGCUUUGUCACUCUAGCAAAACCAAACCGUCACCGUCGAACAGUAACGAAAACUGCGACAAAAACAAAAACCUUACAAAGGGUGAGAAGAACGUUGUUAAAGAUUCUGCUGCAGCGGACGCCAUUGAAGAGCUCGAUCUGGAACUUCGUCUGGGAAGAAGAGAUGAGCACUGA